AUGGGAGACGCAGGAUUCUUCAAGGGCACAAGUGCCGAUCAGGAUGCACGUUUCAGCGACAAGCAAAAGAAACUACUUCGGUCGAUGAACUUUCCAUCAGAGUUUAGCCAAAAGGUGGAUAUGAAAAAGGUCAACAUGAAAGUCAUUAAGGGAUGGAUGGCCCAGCGCGUCAGUCAAUUGCUCGGCAUCGAGGACGAAGUCGUCGUAGAAUACGCCUUUGGCAUGCUGGAAGAACCUUUACCAGACCCAAAGAUGAUGCAGAUCAACCUCCAGGGAUUCCUCGACAAGAAUUCUCAGGUUUUCAUGCUUGAACUCUGGAAACUCUUGCUUAGCGCACAAAACAGCCUUGGGGGAAUCCCACAGCAAUUCCUGGACCAGACAAAGGAAGAGCUCCUGCAGGCCAAGGUACCAUCAUCAUGA